AGAUAUUUUCUCUCAGAUAUCAGAUUCCAACGGACUAAUGAUAUUUACCAAGUUUGACCAGUUUCUGAGGGAGGUUCUGAAGCUCCCCACGGCCGUGUUUGAGGGGCCUUCCUUCGGGUACACGGAGCAUUCCGUGCGGACCUGCUUCCCUCAGCAGAAGAAGAUCAUGCUAAACAUGUUUUUGGACACGUUGAUGGCUGAUCCUCCCCCCCAGUGCCUUGUGUGGCUCCCUCUCAUGCACAGACUCGCCCACGUUGAAAAUGUCUUCCACCCUGUGGAGUGCUCGUACUGCCACUGUGAGAGCAUGAUGGGAUUCCGGUACCGGUGCCAGCAGUGCCACAACUACCAGCUCUGCCAGAGCUGCUUCUGGAGAGGCCACGCCAGCGGCCCCCACAGCAACCAGCACCAGAUGAAGGAGCACUCCUCCUGGAAGUCCCCUGCGAAGAAGCUGAGCCACGCCAUCAGCAGGUCCCUGGGCUGCGUCCCCAGCAGGGAACCCCCCCGGCCCCUGUUCCCUGAGCAGCCAGAGAAGCCCCUGGACCUCGCCCACAUCGUGAGAUACGAGAAGUGCAGACAAAAAUGUUCAUGGAGCCUCCGAGUCGGGAAUUUUACGGGAUCCAUUGCUGGAACCCUGGACCUACAUCCGUAAGGGAAUCAGGGGUUUGCUCUACUCACAAUUCCAAGAAUAAGUGAGUGUUUC